AAAAAAUGCAAUCAUCACAAAAGAAGUGGACCAAGGACGAAGUUUUAGAAACUUUUGGAGAAGACAUUGCUUGUGCUAGCACCGAUGAAAUUGAACACAGAUCAAGACUGAUCGAUAAUGAAAUCCACGUUUUUAGGAAUGAGAAAAAGCGUAUUCAAUAUGAGGAAAAUACAAUGAAAGAAAAGAUAAAGGAAAAUGUAGAAAAGAUUAAACUUAACAAACAAUUACCAUAUCUCGUCGCUACUGUGGUAGAGAUUUUGGAAACUGAUGAAAAUGAAGAAAUUAUACAAGACGGAUCGAGUGUUGAUCUUGAUGAAGAAAGAAAGGGUAAAUCAGCAGUCAUAAAAACUAGUACAAGACAAACUAUUUAUUUGCCAGUUAUAGGAUUGGUUGAUUCCGAAGAUCUUAAACCAGGUGAAUUAGUUGGUGUCAACAAGGAUAGUUUCUUAGUAUUGGAAAAACUUCCUUCUGAAUAUGACUCUCGUGUCAAGGCUAUGGAAGUUGAUGAAAAGCCAAAGGAAGAUUAUAGUGAUAUUGGUGGAUGUGCUGCCCAAAUCAAGGAAAUGUAUGAAGCUAUUGUAUUACCUAUGAAUCAAGCUGAUAGAUUCACAAAAAUUGGUAUUUCACCACCAAAAGGAGUGUUGCUCUAUGGUCCACCAGGUACAGGUAAAACUCUCUUGGCUCGUGCUUGUGCUGCUCAAACUAAAGCUACAUUCUUGAAAUUGGCUGGUCCUCAAUUGGUCCAAAUGUUUAUCGGAGAUGGUGCUAAAUUGGUUCGUGAUGCUUUUGCAUUGGCUAGAGAAAAAGCUCCAGCUAUUAUCUUUAUUGACGAAUUGGAUGCUAUUGGUACAAAGAGAUUCGGUUCUGACAAGUCAGGUGACAGAGAAGUACAAAGAACUAUGCUUGAAUUGUUGAAUCAAAUGGAUGGUUUCUCACAAGAUACUCGAGUUAAGGUUAUUGCUGCUACUAACCGUAUCGAUAUUUUGGAUCCUGCUUUAUUGAGAUCAGGUCGUAUCGAUCGUAAGAUUGAAUUCCCUCUUCCUGACGAAAAGGGACGUGUACAAAUUUUGAAGAUUCACUCAAAGAGAAUGACAGUUCAUGAAGAUGUUAACUGGGAAGAAAUUUCUCGUUGUUGUGAAGACUUUAAUGGUGCUCAAAUGAAGGCCGUUUGUGUUGAAGCUGGUAUGAUUGCUUUGAGGAGAGAUGCCACCCAAGUUAUGCAUGAAGAUUUUAUGGAAGGUGUUGCUGCUGUCCAAGCCAAGAAGAAGGUUGCUUUGAAUUAUUAUGCUUAAAUUAAAAAACCAUUGUAAUUUAUAUUGUAA